GAGAAACUGAACCAGAAUUUAACAUUCCGAUGCUUGGUGAAGCCUGGUGGUAAGCGGUAAACUGAGAUAAAUUCCCAGAGAUUAAAGCUCGUUUAUCUGGUACCAAAAUGAGCCAAGUGGAAAGUUUACUCAGAAUUACAGUCAUUUAUAGCAGUUCCAACUUUCCACGCUCGAAUGAAUGAAAUGAGAUAAGGUAAUUUUGGAGAAUCCAAACAAGAUAAGAGAAUCCUACAAAGAACACUACCAUAAUCGUAAUUCAUUGCUCCACCACCAACAACAAUUCAUUCCCUCCAUUCAGUGUCUGAAUUUGGGCCAUAAUUGAGUAAUUAUUCAUCUUCCCGUUUCCGCAGGGUACUAGAAUCCUCCAACAAUUUUUGCAAAACUAAAACUUUUAUUUUGCCCAAAAUGGCUGCUGUUGUUACACGUGUCCCCUUCAAACCUUUAACUCACAAUAGUCAAUGCCAUAUAUUGAGUUCGGUGAAUGCUGGUGGACAUCUUUCCCCAUUUUCACCUUUCAGAGCUCGCAGAAAGAAAAGCUUUUGUGUUGUUGCAAUGGCGGAUUCCAGCAAACCCACUGUUCUUGUCACUGGAGCUGGUGGCAGAACCGGACAAAUUGUUUAUAAGAAGUUGAAGGAGAGGUCAGAUCACUAUGUUGCACGGGGUUUGGUAAGAACCGAGGAGAGCAAAGAAAAGAUUGGUGGAGCAGAUGAUGUGUAUGUUGGGGACAUUAGGAAUUCUGAUAGCAUUGUCCCUGCCAUUCAAGGAACCGAUUUCCUCAUUAUUUUAACCAGUGCUGUCCCCAAAAUUAAACCAGGUUUUGAUCCAACCAAAGGUGAAAGGCCUGAAUUCUACUUCGAAGAUGGUGCAUUUCCUGAACAGGUUACGUUUUUGUAUCUGUUGUUAUUGUUGGUGUUUGAUUCUUGUUACUGUUUUGUAUUGCCCAUGCUCAUCGGGAUUAUAUUAUCUCAGGUUGAUUGGAUCGGGCAAAAGAAUCAAAUUGAUGCAGCCAAAGCUGCUGGAGUGAAGCAGAUUGUAUUGGUUGGCUCGAUGGGAGGAACAAAUCCUAACCAUCCAUUGAACAGCAUCGGGAAUGGAAAUAUUCUGGUCUGGAAGAGAAAAGCUGAACAAUACUUGGCAGAUUCAGGGAUCCCAUACACUAUUAUAAGAGCUGGAGGCUUACAAGACAAAGAAGGUGGUGUGAGAGAGCUACUUGUUGGAAAAGAUGAUGAGCUUCUUCAGACAGAAACAAGAACCAUUGCUAGGGCAGAUGUCGCAGAAGUCACCAUCCAGGCUUUGCAGUUCGAGGAGGCGAAGAACAAAGCAUUUGAUCUGGCCUCGAAGCCAGAGGGAACCGGCACGCCCACGACAGAUUUCAAGGCUCUAUUCUCCCAGAUCACUAGCCGCUUUUGAUGCGGCGAUAGAUAAAAUUGCCCAUAUUCGGAGGCAUUGUAGAAUCUUAAUCUGCUUAUAUUAUCUGUCAACAGGAUUGUGGUGUUACAUUACAAAAACACCUCGCGCCUAGAGGCACUACCUACCGGACAUGUAUGCAAUAUUAUUGAGGGUCAGAAUUUUGCGUGAACAGUAAACUGUAUCUAUUAUUGUUUUAAAAUCUUUUAAGCUUAUGGCCAGACUGAUGGAGGAAAAAUUGGCCGAUCUACACGAAACUUUACAUGUAUUGUCAAUUCUGUCAUAUUUUUUUCGGUUUGUCAAUAUUACCCUAAACUAUCCAACCGUUAGC